AUGCUGACACACGUCGUGCACGGAAAUGACAACGUCCAAUUCACGGCAGCCGCAGCUAGCCUGAACCAGGACCUCGAUGUCAUUGGGCUAUGUCGGCGUCCAGAACCAAUUGGAUAUGAUUAUGGCGUUCUGACAUAUUCGCUUCCGAAACCCUUCACAGAAAGGGACUCACUGAGACGCGACUCUGCGUAUGAAGGCCAGUGUGUGCAAUCAUUACGACAGUUAGCCUUCAAUUUUAGUUACCGGUCUCCGGGAAUGGAUCGAUUCUCACGUCCGGCAUCCCCUCGUGUUUGCCUUCGGAUCCUCCUUACAAAGAAGGUCAUAUGCGCAGGAGAGUCAGAGAGUGUCCUCUCGGAGAUACCCAGUAUACGGCCUAGCUCGCUGAGAGCCCUGAAGAUAACAUACACUUGA